CUGUAACUCCACAACUAAACACGUGCACUAGUCAUUCCGCACACAGAAUGUUAAAUAUUUGGAAACAGAGGUGGAGAACAGAUACUUCUGACCAGCAUGGUGGGGAAGAUCAAUCUCUGCGCGGUGGAACCGGGGCCAGUGUAUUCAGCCCUGAGAGCAUUGCAACUGUUCCUCCCGUAGGAGGAUCUUCCACAGAUACGACCGGAACUCCCUUACCUGCACAUUUGAUGAAAAGGAAGUCUGGACCAGAGGGGGUCUCGUUUGGAUGUGCACUCAAGAAGGCCAGAUGGCAUGGCGAGCAUUCAAAGUCGAGCUAUGAAGAACCUGUCUUUUUAGAACCCGAUAUCAUAAAGAGGGUUACAGAGGAAAAUACAAUUCUUUCCUUUCGUUCUCUUAAAGAUGCCAUCGUCGCCGUUCAGCGAUAUAUGGUUCUCACCCAACAACAAAGGAUGUCGGGACCACCGAUAUCGUUAAUCGUAGCUGAUGACCAAGAGGCGUCAGAACACAUAGCUCUUGGGUUAAAAGAGGAAUUUCCAAACCUGAACUUCUCUCUUCGUGCCGCCCUCGAUGAUAACAGAUAUCAAUUACUGACGAACCCCCACCAUAUUCUCAUUUCGUCGGAAGCCUUGCUCACUGCACUCGAGAUGAGGGCAUUGUCUCUUGAACAAGUGUACUCUAUGGCGCUCAUCUGUCAAACCAACUCGGGAGCGAAUCUUCGAUUGACCGUUACCAAGUUUCUACGGGAGUAUUACCGGUCUCUGCCUUUCGAAACACGACCUCAUGUUCUCGCGAUACUAAUUUCCGCAGCUGAUGUUUGCUCCAGACGAGAUUUCAGCAUUCUAAAGUUAGAAUGGGAACUACAAUCCGUGGUUUAUGGGUUAUCUGAUUCAUACCGGGAGGAAUGCUUAUGUUUUCCCACUCCCGCUGAAACCACCGCCCUUUACGACCCCUCUGCAUUUCAACAUAAUACUCCUUUGUUGGCUCGCAUACGCUCUUUGGACCCUACCGGGAAUGAUGCUCGACGGAUAAUGGUAACUUCCGGCUAUGCCUUGGCCGAGGUGGGCCCGUGGGCUGCCAAUUGGGUUUGGAAGCAUGCCUUUUUGGAUAAUAGCAAAUGUCAGCCAGCCUCUCCUUCCAACAAGGAGUGGGAGCUCCGGAAUAUUGUCACGGACGAGCCCGUCAAGUCUGCGGAUGCUUCCCUGAAUUCCAUUCACUUCAACCUGAGUUUGAAGGCAGUAAAACUGUUUCAGAUACUCAAAGCCUGUGGAUCGCGCGGGGAGGAAUUCCGUGGGAUUGUUUUUGUUCGUCGACGAAUUGUUGCGCUGGCAUUGACAGCACUGAUUCAGUCGCUCGAUCGGAAUCUGGGUCUCUUACGACCGGUCACCAUGGUCCAUGGCCAUUCUUUGACGGCUGCCGCUGGGUUAGUUGAGCAGCUAGACCGUGGUACGUACAACUUGGCAAUUGCCACAAGAUCUUUUGAAGAUUUGGAACUGCCUCAAGCCACUGUGAUCAUCUAUUACGACUUAUUUGAUAGUCAAAUUUCCCGAGCACUGGCACAUGCGCGGCUCCGUGAGAAAGGUCAAAUAGUAUACAUGGUAGAAACAGGGAACGCCAAACAUCGUAGAAUAUUGUCUCGAAUUUCGCGCCCCGCUCCCUAUGUCCGAAGGUGGGCUGCGAUCCUUCGGCACGCACCUGAAAGUUCUGUUCCUCCCGACACCAAAGAUCCCGUUGACACCUAUAUUUCAGACAGCGAGGAUGAGGAUGAGGAUGAGCGGACGAUCCGGGACCCUGUCACUAAUGGCGCCUUAACGAUCAGGAAUGCCUCCGUAGCUUUGUAUCGCUUCUCGUCGACAUUUUUUCGUCAUACCGCCAGAUACGUGCCUCUUUUUGAGUUCGACGAAGUCGCCGAACAUGAAAACAAUGGGAAAUGCCGCAUGUCUCGCUGCAGGGUGGUCCUUCCAGGUUUCUCAGUGGUGAACGCUUGGUCCUCGCCAUAUAACUCCAAAGCUAUUGGGAGGCGUGAGGCCAGUUAUUUCGCAUGCCUCGCCCUUUUCAACGCCGGACUAUUGGACUACCGUUUCUUUCCAUCCUCUGGAAAACACCUCCGGGACAUUCGCGUCAUGUCCGAUACCCUUGCACCACUGGGCGAGGUCUUUCCAGGAACCAGAACAUACCCUAAGAAGGCACCAGAAUUUUGGAAAAACUGUUCUCAUCCCCGUAUCGACCGCCUCUUCCCACUCAUCAUAAACCUACCCAAAAGCACUUCCUAUCCAUAUCACAGUCCAAUGCUGCUUUGCUGUCCUCAGCCUUUACCUGAAUUUCCGGAGUUCAGAGCUUUUUUCAACGGGAUAGCGACGUCGGUACAACUUAUCAAAGCUGAGCCACUCAGAAUCGAUCACCAACAGCUAGAAAUCCUGUUGUCUUAUUCUAUACGAAUAUGGAGAUAUGUACGAAAUAAACCAUACUCGUGUUCCGCCGACAGCGUUCCAUAUUUUUUUGCUCCUGUCGUUUGGGAUUCGAUUGUGUUCAAAUCAUCUAACAAAUGCUACAGUCUUCCCGACGUCUCUAAGGCUAUACCCUGGGACCUAGCUUCAGUCGCUGCUCGCAAUUAUGCGAUACCAUUAAAGUUCGGAGCGUCCGACGUUGUCAUGGCCGAUGUCUCCGAUGCAAUCCUUAUGGAUCGCUGGACUGAGUUUACAAGACGUUACCAAGUCGUACAAGUACGGCCUGAUCUGAAUCCACUGAGCCGACCUCCAAAUUCUGUACCGGGGAACACGGAAUAUGAAAGCUUCCUAGAGUUUUUCAAAGCUCAUCGCCGUGGAUUUAACGGACUGAAAGAUAACACUCAAGCUCUGGUUGAGGUUACUUCCUUCCCCGGAUUCUUAGACCGCCUGAAUCCAACGACCCGCGAGCCCCAAGUCGACCGGUCUAGUCUUCGACUUUUUAUUCCAGAAGUAUGUGCUAAGUGUACCAUACCUGCAAGCACUAUGCGUUCGGUCUUUCUCCUUCCUUGCAUUCUGCAAAGAAUGGAGGAGUACUUGCUCGUAAAGGAACUUAACGCAAGGCUAUUCAAUCACGCACUAUCCGACACUCUCCUUCAUAUGGCGCUGGCGGCGCCAUCCGCAGAGAUCGAAUACGACUACGAACGUUUGGAAAUUCUGGGCGACUCUUUCAUCAAAUAUUUGAGCUCGAUUUACGUCUUUGCAACACAACCGAAUCAGGACGGAGGCCACAUGCAUCAAGCCAGGCAAGACAUCAUUAGUAACAGAUCGUUGUUUGAGUCUGCUCUCUCCGUAGGACUCCCCGCUUAUAUCCAUUCCCGGUUAUUUACACUAAAAAAUUGGCCGCCUUCGAAUUUCACUGUUGAGACUGUAUCUGAUGCCAAUAAAACUCCGCAGAGUAGUCUGGUUGCAAUCACCGCGACAGUGAACAAGGUAUCUAAAGUUACAGUUCCCUCCAUACCCAGCCAGUCGACAGAUCACGGAGAGGCGGGUUCACACAAGAAAAAGAAGAGAGGGAAGAACAAACAACGCGCGGCCGACCGGGACGUGCAUUGGUUGGGUGAUAAGGCUAUUGCAGACGUUGUUGAGGCUAUAAUAGGAGCGGCUUACAUUUCCGGCGGUCCCGAAGUCGCUUUGAGGACUGCAAAAGCUUUGACGUUACCUAUACAUGGAAUUGAACAGUGGUCCGAUUUUGGGAGGAUAGCAGAUCAAAAUCCCCUCCCUGUUCAACCAACGUCAACAUGGAUACCAAUUCAUGAACUCGAAGCUAUCGUGGGUCACCAAUUUAGACGGCCUCAUCUACUUGCCCAGGCUUUGACCCACGUCACCAAAGCAAACCGCGAAGUAGACCCUUACAACAGACUCGAGUUCAUCGGAGAUGCCAUCUUGGAGUUCAUGGUGGUUCGACACAUUUUUGAUCGAAACCCACAAUUGACCCCCGGGGCUCUGACGAUAUUAAAGAGUGCAAUGGUCAGCAACUCUACUCUGGCGGCUAUCGGUGUGCGCUCUGGACUUUAUCGCUACUUGAGAUUUGAGGGGACCCCGCUCAUGAGUGGAAUUAAGACGUACGUGAUUGCCUUGCAAGAGAAAGAGAGUGGAGAGCGGCUGCGUGCCGCAAAGGAUGGGAUAUCUUCUGGCCAGUAUUGGUGUGAUAUUGAGCCACCAAAGCCACUAGCAGAUAUUGUGGAAUCCAUUAUUGGGGCACUGUACAUCUCCGACAAUUUCUCUCCUGUCGGCACAAAUAAUUUUUUCAACAAAGUGCUCAGGCCCUUUUAUGAUGAGCACAUCACUCUUCAAACACUCUAUCAUCAUCCAACUAAGGUGAUUCUUGAAUUAAUUCAGGGCAAAGGAUGUCAGCAGUUCAAGAUUUUGAGGGAAGGAGCUGAAUGUUUAGUUUUGGUGCAUGGUGUGGUACUGGCAAGCGCACGGGACAUUAAUGCGGCCACGGCCGCAAGAUUAGCGUCCGUGUUCGCAUUGAACGCGAUAGAGGGGGACCCCGAUUUCCUCCUAAGAACUUGUGAUUGCUGGUCAGUAGUAAAAGCAAAGCUGGAACCUGCCCAAGAAAGGCAUCUUACAGAUGUCCUCGCCGGUUUCGAGGAGGGCGACGUUGUGUUUUAGAGUUUGUAGUCGAGGCCAUACAAUCCAU